UGUUCUUCUCUUCUCUCAGCUCCUCCUCCUCCUCCUUCUUCUUCUUCUUCCUCGAAGCCCUUCCCUCUGAAAAUCGCAAUUUUUUUCCCUCUUCCAUUUCUCUCUUUCAAGGCUUUGUUUUUCUCUCUCAAGAACUUUCUGGUGCGGUGUGUUUGGAUCGAGGUUCCGUCGAAUUGUUUGCAGUUUAUCGGGGGACUUCUGUUUGGAGCUGCGGAAUCUCUGGUGUCAGAGUUUUUUGGUUUAGGGUUUUUUUGUUCUUUCAGUUUCUGAGGUAAUAAUCGGAAUCGGUGGGUGAAGUUUUCAUCUUUUGGCGUUUUUAGAUUUUCGGGUAAGAGGAAAGGGAGGAAUUUGGGACUUGGGGUGUGAGAAAAAUUUGAUUUUCUUCCUUACAUCUUUUUUGCUUUUCUUGGGUUCUGAGUGUGAUGGGGGAAGGUGAAGGAGAAGGGGUUGAUGGCGGUUCAAAGAUGGCAACGUCAUCGGUGGAUGCUGCUGUAACGACGCCGGUGGAGGCUCCUACGGGGAAGAAACUCGCCCGACAGCUCGAUUUUACGGCCUUGCCGGAGAAAAGAUCGCAACAGCAAUUGCAACAACGAUUGCAUUCCCAGGUUCAGGUGCAGCAGCAGAAGCAGAUUGUGGCUCCGGUGAUAGCGGCGCAGCCGCAGAUUAUGGCACAGCCGUCGGUGGUUGUAAAGCCGGUUCCUUCGCCGCAGGCACCUGCAGUGAGAGUGGGGGUGGGAUCGUGGCUUUGUGAGGAAGAUUUUGAUUUUUCUGUUUGGGGUACCAAUGCAUGUGCAAUGUUUUGGAAACCAGAAUCUCCAAAAUCAAGAUCAAGACCUAACUUUGAUAUAAAGGAAGCUACUCCAAAGAAGCAAAAGCAGUGCAAUUGUAAACACUCUAAAUGUUUAAAGCUAUAUUGCGAAUGUUUUGCAUCGGGAAUAUAUUGCGACGGUUGCAAUUGUGUAAAUUGUUUCAACAAUGUUGAAAAUGAGGCUGCUAGACGAGAAGCUGUUGAAGCUACUUUAGAGCGCAAUCCAAAUGCAUUUAGGCCGAAAAUUGCAAGCAGCCCCCAUGGAACACGUGAUAGCAGGGAGGAAGCUGGUGAAGUUUUAAUAUUAGGAAAGCAUAACAAGGGUUGCCACUGUAAGAAAUCAGGGUGUCUCAAGAAGUACUGUGAGUGUUUCCAAGCCAACAUCCUUUGUUCUGAAAAUUGUAAAUGCAUGGACUGCAAGAAUUUUGAGGGAAGCGAAGAGAGACAGGCCUUGUUUCAUGGAGAUCAAAAUAACAUGACAUAUAUUCAGCAGGCAGCAAAUGCUGCAAUAACUGGAGCAAUUGGUACAUCUGGUUAUUCAUCGCCUCCGGUAUCCAAGAAAAGAAAAGGCCAGGAAAUCUUCGUUGGGCAAACACCCAAGGAACCAUCCGUUAGCAAGUUGGGACAACAGGUAAACCAUGUCCGAAGUCCAGCUCCAUCCCCAUCCUUGCCCUCCCUUCCGGGCACUCGUGUUGGAACUGCAACACUUGGUCCUUCAAAAUUUUCAUACAGGUCUCUUUUAGCAGAUAUCAUACAACCACAACACUUGAAAGAGCUUUGCUCAGUUUUGGUGCUGCUAUCUGGACAAGCUGCAAAGACACUUACAGACCAGAAAAAUUUAAUGGAAAAGCAUACAGAAGAUCAGACAGAAACUUCACUUGCUUCUUCAAAUCAGUCACAAUUACCAAAUCAAAAAGAAGGUGAUGUUGAGAAAGCUAUGGCUGAUGAUUGUUCGAGCGCAAACCAAGCAGAUAAAAUCAGCCCGGACAAUUCAAGUUCAGAUGGUGCUGACGUCCCGAAAGGGAGGCCAAUGUCUCCUGGGACUUUAGCUUUGAUGUGUGACGAGCAAGAUACGUUCAUGACAGCUGCCUCUCCAGUUGGCACAAUGGCUCAUGGCUGCAACAUAUCCUCGCAAUUUCCUUACGGACAAGGAAUGACAGAGGAAUACGCGGAGCAAGAAAGGAUUGUCUUAACAAAGUUUAGAGAUUUCCUUAACAGAGUUAUCACCAUGGGAGAAAUAAAUGAAACGAAGUGUUCGUCGUUAGCUAGAAGUGAGUUGGAGAGCCAGAAGGAUCCAAUCAAUAACGGCACUGGAAAUACGACUACCGAGAGUUUGCAUCAGCAGGGUGCCACUAGCAAUGGUGUUGCCAAAUCGAGUGUUCCACCUACGGCUGCAGCAGCUUCGGCUUCACCAGUCCCCGGUCAUAAUAAUGUUCCUGAAAAUGGAGAAAAUAAGAUGAAGACUGAAAAAUAGCUAUGAAAGUGAUCUAUCUAUCUAACCAAGGAUGUGCAAAUAUACCAUUGAAAAGAAAAUUGAGAAGAUUUUCUUAGAGUGUAUGCUAGGGUUAGAACUUUCUGUAGUUCUAUGUAAUGUAAAAACAUUGCUUUGAAGUGGCUUGUUAAAAGGGUACAAGCCUCAACAUUAGUCCACCCAAGUAGGAUCAAUUUUCUUCUAAUUUGGUCAUUAUUCAUACAUAAUUUAAAUUAAUUUUUCAGCUUCAACAUUGCUUGAUUGCGAAGCCUGUAAAUUGCAGAGUUGUAACUUCAUAAAAAUGUCAUUUAGAUUUUUCAUUCAAUGAAUUUUAUAGCUUGUAAUUUAGAAUAUAUUCAUUUUCUUUUUC